UCCUGCUGUUUCUCAUUGAGCUGUUCAGCAACUCAUUCAGGUGGGGUUUGAAGAUUUGGAGAACAUUUCAGAAAAAAAUGAACUUCAAGUUGCUCUGGCUCCUGGCCAUUGUCCUGGUUUUAGGAUUCGCCAGUUUUGCAAAUGGCCAGGGAGGUGACGAAGGUGGCAAAGGACAAAGACGCAACUGCAAUGUACCUCCUAACCGGAGAAGAGAAUGUGGAUACUCUGGAAUACCUAGAUUUACAUGUUUAAGAAGAGGGUGCUGUUUCAACAAUUCUAUCAGGAACACGAUAUGGUGUUUCCACGCAAAUUAGAACGAAAUGAAGGCACAGACCAGGAACAUCCAACAACGGCAUCCCUCCAAGACAAACACAGAAGAAGAAAAAUGCUAGCUUACCUGUAGCUUUCCACAUUUCCUGCUCUCUACCCCGAUUUCCUGCUUCUUUCCUUGCCAGGGAGGUCAGUCUGCAAACAACAACUGCAAAUCAUCUCCUCCCAAAGCUAUAAAUGUAGCUAAUUAGUCUCGGAUCCAUAGUAUUUUUUUGCCAACCUUGGCUAUUACUCUUGAGAAUGUUGAAAUGCAUUUUAUUUCCCCAUUUGCAUUAUCUUUAUGAAAAAUUCUUGCGCAUUCAGCAUAUU